GAGUGUUUUUAGGGGUGAUGAAAAUGUGGGACUAGAAAGAGGUGGUGGUUGCACAACACUGUGAAUACAUUGAAUCCUACUAAAUUGUAAGUUUCAAAUGGUUAAUUUUAUGUAAUGUGAAUUUCGCUUCAGUAAAAAAUACUUCCAACUAGUAAGUGACUUGAAUAGGGCUGAUUUGAUUCAUAACUGAACAGUGAAUAUAAAUGGAUCCUGCGUUACUAGACGUGGUAAUUUAAAUGAUUUUAAAUGCCCUAGGGAAAACAUCUGUAACUUUAUACUGGGGAUUCUUGCUCUGUGGGUUUAAAACUUAGGCCCAUAACUUGAUUUAUAUUUACAGGAUUGGGGGUCUUAGUUUUAUUCCUGACAUCAUGACAUUUGUGAAAAUUCUUAAGUGAUUCAUUAUUUUUCUCUGUCUAAAUUACGACUCCCGUAAAAACAGCGUAGUUCACUUACCUCAGGAAGCUACAGCGAAUCACAGACCGAGUAAAGGCAAGGAUUCUGUCCCAGGCGAAGGAGCUGUGACAUGGGUACCACUCUCCUCUCCGUGUCGUCUGCGCUCCAUUUUUGGUGGCAGGUCUGCGCGCGUGCAUUUGUGGCUCAGUAAUUCCUCAUCAGGCCAGAACACACACUUCGGCUUUCCCCUUGGCUGCGCCUCGUCUCCUUGUGCGGAGGCUCAGGAGCCCUGCGCUCUUCACCCCGCUCCUCCCAGCUCUGCUGUGGCCGCUGUGUGUCUGGGGCUUUGGGUUCUCCCCGCGGGCAGUGCCCGUGUCGUGAGACUGGAGCAGACCUGCCCUUCCUGCAGGCCGACGGGUGUGCACUGACAGUAAAGACUGGACAGAGCCAGGGCCGGUCCGGUCCCUGACCCCUCCUCCCAACGACCUCUUGGGUUUCCGCUCUCUUUUGUUUUCUUGCUUCCAGACGGAAUGAGUGAGCGUGGAGGAGGAAGGCAGAUCCGGGUUCAGAUUCUGAACUCAGGAUCGACUUGAGUCCAGAAGAGAUUGAGAAACAAGGAUUUGUUUUCUCUUUGUGAAGGAGAGUUGCUGCUCCACUCUCCUGCCGUGGUGUGGAUUAAAACACCCGCGACACAGUCGCGAGUCGGUGCUCGGUGCGCAGUCCGUGGGAGCUCAGCCUCCCUUCUCUCCACCAUCUUGCUUUGCCUCGCGGCCUCCACCAAAGAGGAGGUGGAAGGCAAGGCCUGCCUGCGAGGAGCCAACAGAAGUCCUCAGGUCCUAAAAGAGGAGCCCGAAAAGAGCUCAGACGAGUUCUGAAGUGUGACCGGCAGCCCCGGGGGCCGCUGCAGCAGGGUCCGCACGGCGGCCUCAGCUCUCCCGUGAGCACGGAAAGCCUGUUCCCUGGGCUUUCUCACCUCCCUUUACACCCACCUUUGCUUUCUCCUUUACCCUGUGUUCUGUUCUCUAUUUGUAUCUACUCACGCCCCCAAAGUAACUAUGCAACCAAAAGUUCCAUUUCCUGAGAGCUGCUGUCAGCUAGUUAUUUGAUUUGAUUUAGAAGAAAGUAAUUGAUAUAAAAAUAGAAUGCCUAACGGCUGAAACUUUUGUGAGCCUCUGCAGGUGAGCGAAGGGCCUCCAUGCAGGAGGUGGACCUAGCACGAGGCGCCAGAGCCCGGGGUGGGGGGUGACCUGGUGUGGGCUCUCAGGGUCUGAGAGGAGGGAGGGCGUUUUCCCUGUGGAGGGAAAUCCUGACAGGGGUGUCGUCUCGAGGGGUGAUGAGGAGCACCCACGUGUGUUCAGGGGUGCUCUGUCACGGGGUCUGCGCCCCGGCAGUGUGGCAGAACCCAAGUAGGCUGAGGAGGGUGUCCCCGGAGGGAUGGCCUGGCACGGGUGUCAGAGGUCAGUGGGAGGGAGGCAGGACAGUCCAGAAUGGGGACUCACCAGAGCAGGAGGGCGCCUCUGCAUGGGGUGGGGGUGCCACAUUGCGUCCAUGGCAUUGGUCCAUCAAGGGUAACGGAAACCAUUUGCGGUUAGGGGAGAGGGAGCGAAAAUGAACAGAGUUGUUGCGUUGCAGUUGAGAGUAUCAGUGUGGAUUCAUGGUUUUCGGCAUAGAGUUAUUGAGCCAGAUCUAGACGUAAAGGUGGCUUCACGUAAGUGUGUAAAUGCACAGAUAUGCGUGGUGCCUCAGCCUGUUCACUGAGAGCGCAGCACCGCGGUAGCAGUGAGUAUAUUUAGCACCCAGAUCCUCGCUGCUAAGUGUGAUUUUCCGCUGACAGGAGCCAGGGUUCCCUGAGGGAGAAGCUGACUGCAGGGCUGGGGCGGGGAGAAGUUCAAGGCUCGUUUUGUGCACGUGGUGCUGCCAGAAUGCAAGGAAGGGCGCCAAGAUCCGUGCUGGAAAGACAGGUCAAAAGGACCUGGAAGCCUUCGAGGGCUUUCACAUCGGUCAGGGACACUCUGCGCGUCAAGAUAAUGAUUGUCAUGGAUCCCACACAGGAUAAAAUAGAACAAUCUUGGGUUCAUACUGUUCAGAAUCAGUAAAUGAAUAAAUUGUUUGACAAGGAACAGGAUAUUUUUCCUAGUUUGUAAUUUAGCUUCCCACAAAAUACGAAUUAAAAGGGAAAAGAAUAACGUUAGGGUGGACAGCCCUGGCAGGCAGCAUCCUGACCAGUGAUCGGGCAGAACGUGACCACAGUGGGGCAGGCAGGAGUUCUGGGCCACCUGGUAGCCUGCAGAGAGAAGUGUGGAGCGUGGCUUCUGUGAUGCUCCUGGCUCCUGGAGUUGAAGAUGAGAGGGGUCCAAAGCCGAGCUGCUAAUCCCCCCCGGCUCCAGCUUCAGCCUUCUCUGUCAUAGUUGGGACCAGCUCCACCUUCCCGUUCUCAGACUAAACACUCAGAGUCAGCCUUGAGCCCUCCCUCUCAGCUCUCCCUCACCCCCCAGGAAGUCCCAUGUGUUCUGUCCUCAGAAUCUGCUCCCUGCAGAAGGCGACAUUUCUGAAGCUGUACUCUAACCUGAGGGACGCUUCUGUAGGUCUGUAAGCUACGACCACUGCUGCCCUUUUUUGACUCGAUAGGGACCCCUUGCCAGCGGUUACCUGCACUGCCUCAGCCUUUUCUGAGUAGCUCUGGUCCCGCUGCUCACGGAUCGCAGCGUCUUGUCUGUAUGUCCAGAGCCCAGUCACAGGACCUGCAGUGCAGUAGAUUGGGGACGUGUUUUGUGGAGAGUUGGCAUCAUUGUUAUGGUGACCAUACAUUCAGCAUUUUCCGGAUCACUCAUGAUUUCAAAUACUGUACCUAUUUGCAUUCAUAAGCUUACUUUUUUGUCGGAUUACAGGUCCUGGUUUCUGAUUUGGAAACUGUGGUUGGUCUUCUUGCUGGGUACGUGGUGGGUAUCAUGUGAGCUGAGAGAAGUGAGGAGGGUGGUGCUGAGGGUGCUUCAUAGGGCAUGUGACACAGAGGGGACCCUGGGGGCAGAGCUGACUGCGCCCAGGGACACGGAGCCAUGAAACACAUGGUCUCUUGGGGUGCGAGAAGGCCAGGUACCUCCCACUGUAGGUGGGACUGUGUUGUGGAACACACUGGAAUGGCUGUGCGGGACCUGGCAUGCGGAGAUUGUGGGUUGACCUGAUUUGUAGCAUUGGGAGGAAGAAAUGCUGGCAGUCAGGGCAGCUUCCUCACUUGACUUGCGAGGACAGAACCAAAGACGCACGCUUCCGGUCACUGGCUGGCCGUUGCCAGAGCUGGCAGUGGACUGGGAUGGAGACUCUUCCAGUGCUUUCCCCGGGAAACAUGCCCACUCGGCCAAACAGCUUGUGAGACUUCUGUGUCUGAUUUGUCUGUGCUGUGUUUUUGGUACGUGUCACAUGGUCUGCAUUUAAACACUUACCGGCCAUUUACUGAACGGAGGUUUCUGGGUCGUUUUGCCUUUGAAGUAGGAAAGCACUUCUGCGUGUGGCCACAAGAUGGCGUGGGCCUCAGUUCCUCGAGUAGGUGUGUAUUAGGAACGUCCAGCAUGACUUUUUCUUAAAUCUUCGUACGUUUGUUUUCACAUUUUCCUGUAUUGACUUUAAAGGGAUGGAUAUUAAAUUAAGGCUCCAUCUCUAAUGUUGGUGAGGUUAUCUUUUCUUUUGCCUUGUUGGUCUUAAAAAAUCUUUAGAUAAAAAAUGUUAAGCAUUUCGGGCAUGGAUAACUGAGAAAGUGAAAGCCCCUUAGAAUCCUCCUGUUCUAUGGGAUUGUCAUAUAUUAUGCUAGGGUUUUUUUGGGGUUUUUUUGUAUCUCUGUUUUCCUGUGUGUAUAUAUGUGUUAUGUGAGAGGGCUGGUGUGGGGGAAGCAUGUUUUUUAUUUAUUUUUCAUGCUUUUUCAGUUUUUUUUUUUUAAUUUAUUUUAGACAUCUUUCUGUAUUAGGACAUAUUAGCAACAUCUUAUUUUUAAAAAUGCCAAAAUAGCGUUUUAAAUAUCUUUAAUAGUAGAAUACUGUUUAAUAGCUCCCUACUAUUUACUAGUAUCACUUAUUUUGCCUUUACUCAUUUUAAGAGGUAGCUGACCAUUGGGCUUUGUAAGUUUUUUUCUCUUGAAAUAACCAUUUUGGACCGAUUUGUUUUUCAUACUGUCUUCACAAGUAGUUUUUCGCCUGAGUCAGUGUUUGCAUUGCUCUUAUGAUCUAUUUGCCAAAGUUGUUAAUUUAACGCCAUCAUGAAAUAAAUACUUAAAUUUAAAAAAGGAAAGAGUCUAUGGCGUAUUCUUUGUAAAAUGUACGAAGUACUCUGUCUUCGGUGUGUGAAUCUUUUAGGGCCUGCUCGUUCAAGUUCACGGGCUUCUCACGGGGUGAGGCGUUGUGGAGUGUGUCUAAUUGAACAUCUCCAGUCACACAGCAUCGUUGGUCUCCUGGUCUCCCAACUACACUUAGUGAAAUUCUCAUGUAACUUUUUGGAUUAAGAGAUGUUGUGUUUGAGCACGUUCACGCUGGCGGUGUCGGCCGGGGCGGUUUUGCUUUUACCCUUCUCCAUAAUCAGCAACGAGAUCCUGCUCUCCUUUCCUCACAACUACUACAUUCAGUGGCUGAAUGGCUCCCUGAUUCAUGGUCUGUGGAAUCUUGCUUCCCUCUUUUCCAACCUCUGUUUAUUUGUGCUGAUGCCCUUUGCCUUUUUCUUCCUGGAAUCAGAGGGGUUUGCUGGCCUGAAAAAGGGAAUCCGAGCCCGAAUUUUAGAGACUCUGGUCAUGCUUAUUCUUCUCGCGUUGCUUAUUCUUGGGAUAGUGUGGGUCGCCUCCGCGCUCAUUGACAAUGACGCUGCCAGCAUGGAGUCUUUGUAUGAUCUCUGGGAGUUCUACCUACCCUAUUUAUAUUCCUGUAUAUCUUUGAUGGGAUGUUUGUUACUUCUCUUGUGCACCCCCGUCGGCCUCUCCCGCAUGUUCACAGUGAUGGGGCAGUUGCUGGUGAAGCCAACGAUUCUUGAAGACCUGGAUGAACAAAUUUAUAUUAUUACCCUGGAAGAGGAGGCACUCCAGAGACGACUAAAUGGACUGUCUUCUUCAGUGGAAUGCAAUAUAAUGGAGUUGGAACAAGAACUUGAAAAUGUGAAGACCCUUAAGACAAAAUUAGAGAGGCGAAAAAAAGCUUCAGCAUGGGAAAGAAAUUUGGUGUAUCCCGCUGUUAUGGUUCUCCUUCUUAUUGAAACAUUCAUCUCGGUCCUCCUGGUGGCCUGUAAUAUUCUUUGCCUGUUGGUUGAUGAAACAGCCAUGCCAAAGGGAACAAGGGGCCCUGGGAUAGGAAAUGCUUCUCUGUCUGCUUUCGGUUUUGUGGGAGCUGCACUUGAGAUCAUUUUGAUUUUCUAUCUUAUGGUGUCCUCUGUCGUCGGUUUCUAUAGCCUCCGGUUUUUCGGAAACUUUAUUCCCAAGAAGGAUGACACAACUAUGACAAAGAUCAUUGGGAAUUGUGUGUCCAUCUUGGUCUUGAGCUCCGCCCUGCCUGUGAUGUCAAGAACACUGGGAAUCACUAGAUUUGAUCUACUUGGAGACUUUGGAAGGUUUAAUUGGCUGGGAAAUUUCUAUAUUGUAUUAUCCUACAAUUUGCUUUUUGCUAUUGUGACAACAUUGUGUCUGGUCAGAAAAUUCACCUCUGCUGUACGAGAAGAACUUUUCAAGGCCCUAGGGCUGCAUAAGCUUCACUUAUCAGACGCGUCAAGGGAUUCAGAAACAUCAAAGCCGUCUGCAAACGGGCAUCACAAAGCACUGUGAGAACGCGCAGCGCUCUGCCACUGACCCGGGAGCCCCCGGCUCCCGACCGCCCCGUCGGUCAGAAAUGACUCGCCCCGGCGGUGCCUCCCGGUGAGCGCCCGGGCCUGGCGGCGCCACCGCUUUCACAGUCUCCUAAGAACUCGGCCGCCACCCACGGGCCACGCGUCCGUUUAACUCCGUGCGGACCCCCUACUCGCCGGCCAGACAGGCUCCUCGGGGCGGCACGUUCUUCUGUGGACGCGGGUGCUGGCGUCGGUUGGUACAGUCACCCGGACGAGCAUGUUUUAAGGCCAACUCCGGGGCUUUCUACGAACUCAGUUAAAUCCCAUUAUAUACUUUAUUCAAGACGGAGAAGGCCGCGAGAAAGGCAUCCUUGGUGCUUGGCUGUGAAGUGAAGGCCCUGCAGACACGCAGGCUUACAGCUGCCCCCGUUGCGGUGGCGCAUGGGAACGGCAGCGCUGGCAGAUGAGGUUUCUCCCCUCCCUAGGGAAAAGGACAGAAGCAUAGUUCCGGCUUUUGUUUCAGGGUGAUAGCGAUUGGACUUUGAGUCCAGGGAGAAAGGCGAAAUUCUUUUAAAACCCGAUCCGUGGGAGAACACGUGGGAACGCCUGCCACCGCGCGGUGUGGUCAGCUCGGCCGGAAGUGGUACGUGGUCACCGUUCUCCGACGUCUCACGUGUAUGCGACUCAGUAUUACCUCUCGUAACAUAGUUGCCGGUGUUGAAUACACUUGUAACUUAGAUUUUGCCUUAUAGGCUAUGUGUACACUCGGUUUUUUAAAGCAUUUCUUCAGGUAUCUCUCAGUUCCUUGUUCUCCUGUGUCCCAUUAUGAAACUACAAAUCAUCUGUGGUAGAAACCCCGCUGUCACCACACUCUUCAGGCUUUGGUUCCUUUCGUAUAUGCCGAUGUAAACCUCAGAUUUAUAAAAGUUACCAGGUUACCACCCAGAUGCACAGUGUCAGCAUUCAUGAUGUAAGAAUAGCUCUACUAUGUAUCGUGAUCAGAUAAUCAUUCAGUUACUGAAUUGUAAAUAAUUCUUGGGAUGGCUUCUUGACUUUAAGUCCACUGAAUAAAACUAUAAAAUUGUACUCUGUGUUACCAGGCGCUAGGAUAGGGUACUGAAAAUUGUGCAUGCAGACACGUGACACGAGCGAGCCCCUUUGCACACAAUUCAUAGUUACGCAGUCUCCGGAAACACUUACGUUCACAUGCACUAUGUGUAUGGCAAUAGAUUGUCUGUGUUCAGACAAAAGUAAAAGAACAGUUUUCUCAAGUUGUUUUUUGGAGAAAUUUAUGAAAAUCCGGCUGUAUAUAUUUGACAUAAAAAAUUUCCAUUUAGAGCCAAAAUAAUAAGAAAAAUUAAUCUGUAUAUUCCUCAGUUCCAUUGAGUAUACCUCUCCUUUAUUUAUACCUCUGCAUUUCCUUCUGAGCUUCUCUGCUUGUUAAGAUGCAGCUUCGUUGUAAAAUAAAAGACCAUUUUGUGAUUCUAAACAACACUCAGUAAAUACCACCAGUGUAGCAUUGGGAAUCUCUCAGCAUGAGACCUGCAUAGUGAGCAAAUGAACAGAAGAUGGCUAUUUCCUAAUUUCACUGAUAAUUACACCUAUUUAAACAUUAAUUGCAAGCUUUGAUUUUUACUGAAACUUGCUUGCAAUCCAUAUUUUGAACAGACCUGGUCAAGGAAAGAAGAGAAAAGAAAGUUCUUUCAAUAAAAGAACAUCACUUGUAACUUAACAUCCAUGGGAAGUUCCUGGGUGUUUGUAAGAUGUCUGAGAAUUUCUGAGUCAAAUAUUAAACUUUUCAAUGUCUGUAUCAA